AUGGCCCACAACAUCGCCCGCAAGGCAUACUCAGCAGAACAACUCUUGGCCCUGCGCCAUUCAGCAUCGGAUGAGACGGCUAUCCAGAUCGAAGCCAAGGCCCAGGAUGGAGCCAUCAAAGACCAUGUUGUCCGCAACGCACGUUCCUUUGCUGCGCGCUCAUCGCGUUCGCUCGCCACGUCUGACACUCUGCACCCUCCUCCUACGGAGACACGCCAAUUCAGCGCACCCGUCUUGACCGAAAUUGAUCCAAACAACCAGAACUUGCGCCCUGGACUGGCUGCCAACCGUUACCGCCCCUCUCCGACUCCAUCACUGAAGAAGCGCAAGGCCGAGCAAAUUCUUAACGACCAUGGCUCUCCUCCUGGACUUCGCGUCACCGCUGGAGGUCGCAUCGUUCCCAGUGAUCAGUCUCCGCUGUGCAGUCCUCGCUAUGGCUACAGUGCGAUCAAGAAGAACGGCAUGCUCAUCAAGUUCGGUCCCAACUUUCCAGCUCCUCCUGGCGGCAUUCCCAUGCAGAGGAUGGGCUUGCCCAAUGGCUUCGUAGCUCAAGAUCCCGACGGCAGACUUUGUCAGAUGGUCGAUGGCAAGUUCCUGCCCGUUGAUGAUGUCGACGGCAUUCCUCAACUCUACAUUGCCGCUCCCAACUUGACUGGCAGCACCGGAUUCCCUGCCGGCGAAAAGGAUGACGCUACUGGCAGUACGCCGUUCAACAACUCGACCAGACAGCAGCAAUCCAGCCAGAGCUUCGACAAUGUCCCUCCAACUGGUCCAGCACUCAAGCAGACUACCAUGAAGCCGCCAGUCAUCAGCAGCACUGUGCAGAUCCAAGCUCUGGAGAAGCAAUACACCAAGCUGGAGCAGGAGUCGAAGGAUCUUGACAAGGUCGAAGUCUUGCAACGCAGCUCGAUGAGUUCCAAGACAUACGCUCAGCUCGUCCAGAACCGUCGUGAUCUCGUCGGCCGUAUGAACGCGAUUCGUGUCAGCAUCAAGUCUCUGCGUGAAGCAAAGUCCUCUGCCGACCACUCGCCUCAAGCUGUUUCUCAGCUGAUGCAGUCCCAGUUCGGCAUGCCACCUUACGGACCAGCAGCUAUGAUGGGACCAGCAGGACCCAUUCCUGAUUGGACCUUCGACGGCAUCGGUCCCGAGGCUCACAACAUGCCUCACUUCCACGGUGCUCCCAUGCCUCACGGAAUGGGGUAUUAUGGCCCACCACCUCCUGGUUAUCCUGGUGCCAUGGCUCCGUACCCAGGCAUGUUCGGCACAAUGCCGCCUAUGUUCAACAUGAUGGGAAUGCCUCCUGUCGACGCAUUCGGCAACUUCAUCCCGAACGCCACCAACAUGGAUUCUCAGGCCUUCUCCAACGGCAGCCCACCUGCUACACACGCCAACACAGCGCACGAAACCGGACCAGGCAACGAUAGAGCAACUGAGAAGACCACCACGUCACAGCAGGAGUCUACACGCAGAACCCAUGCCUUGCAGAUCAAGAACCCAGAGAACAAGUCCGAGUCGAGCCAAAAGUCGGCCCUCAACCCCAUGAGCCCCAGCUACCAGCCUGCCGGCAAAUCUACGCCUGCAUCCAAGAUUGUCUCGACUCGUGCCGCCUCUCCAUCGCCUGCUCUUGCUGAGGCUGUCAGGCAGCACAAUGCUUGGNUGACCGAGUCGGCCAACGCCUCCACCACCAAUCUCAACUCUGCGGGUUCUCAGCGCAAGCUUCGUUAUGAAUCAUCCUCGUCGAGCUAUGCCACUGCCGACUUCUUUCCCAACAACCCUCGUGAUCACUCUAUGAGGAAAGAUGCUUAUCCUGUCGCACACGAUCGCAAUGCCAGCCGCAACAAGUUGGCAGAACGUCCCUCUGCGUCAAAUGAGCAGCCCGUCACCCCAGACAAGGAGAACCAGGAUCCAGGAUGGAACUUCGCUCCUGUUACCAGUGUCACGACACCACCAACCAUGCGUGAUCAGACCGUUGACCAGCCAAGCACUCUAGAGAUCGGCAGCAUGGAUCCUGUUCAGAACCGCUCCGAAAUGAACGUGAGCCCAAAGAACCGUCGUUCAGACUACCCUUUGAGCUACAAAUCCGUCAGCGAGGUCACAACGCUGGGAUCAGGUCUUCCUUCUCCUGCCAUCGGCUCCUCUCAAGAUUCGCAGUUGCAACAAUCCAAGCCUGCUCCUUGCUCAAAGGAACCUCUUGGUCCCGAGGUAACCACCUACAUGGACGGCUUCAAGGCUGGCAAGGCUCGCUUGCCUGUCGGUCUUGAGAAGAGCGGCCUCUGGCUCGACGGCUAUUGUGCUGGUUUGCUCAACUCAGCCCAGCCAACUCCCGCUCCAAUCCCGUCCAGGGCCCCAGCUCCAUCUCACGCUGGUCCAGUCAUCGUCAAGCCCUAUCUGCCAUCAGGACAAAAGGACAUCGUUUCUCAGCGUGCUGUGCCUGCCAUCAAUGUCAACGCCACGUCAAUGAACCCUCUGAAGGAUGUCAUCUUCUCGGCUCAGAACGAGAACGCUGUCCUUACUCCGGAUCCCAAUGGGCCUUGCGUCAACGACAUGGCCGCCUUGCAUCUCGGAAGCUGGGCAAAGACUCAUCAAGGACCCGCAGCCGCCGAGUCUGAUGCUGUUCUUGCCUCUGUUCGCAAUCGCGAGACAGUGUUGCCUGAGCGUACCUCUUCUGCUGUGCAACGUCAAGCCUCAACAUCGGCUGAGCACAACCGAACCGUCAUGCCAACGGACCAGACAAGCAGUGCCAUGAUGGAGCGUGAGAGAGCGUACAUGCCUCAAGACCGCCGUGCCACGUCUGCACAGAUGCAAACAACUGGUGGUUCUCCAACAGCCUACUUUCAGCGGGUCUACCCAGCUCAUCGCGUCAUGAGCUCGCAGCUCGAGUGGAAGUCAGGCUCUUCCAUCGCGCAGGUUGCUGGACUGGCCACUGGCUACUUUGCACAGUACGACGGUACGAGAACAGGUGCCAACACUAUUGGAGACAGACAGCCGCUGACUCAGAUGUCUGGCAACACAGGCAUGACGACCCACGACACCAUGUCAGGAGCAUUGCCCGAGAAGCAGCCCGGCAUGUCGGCCAGAUUCACCGAAGGAUCCAUGACUGCCGAUGUCAAGACAGGCAGCCCAUCGUCGUCACCUGGCAAGAGAUCGUCCACCAAGGGCUCUCCGGCCAAGGUCAAGUUUGCACAGAUUGCUGGCAGAGCUGGAAUCAAAGUGCGCAGCGUGAGCAGAGACGAGCAGGAGAGCGAGCCCAGCAGCCCUCAAGAGAAGCGUCGCUGGAGAGACGUUUGGACAAAGAGGUUCACUGAGACCGGCGUCCGCGAAGGUGAACAGAAGCAAGGCGGUCGUCCUUGA